AUUAAAUUCUUCUUGCAUUUUGAUCUGUCUGAGAUGUAGACGUACUAUUGGAACGAGAUAACUUUUCUAAAUUUUCUUUCAGAUGAAUAUCGAAGACAAGUUAGAAGUAGGAAUUCUUCGUGUAAGCGUGGAAUAAUUAUAUUUUCAUCAAUUUCAUCAAUAACUAUAAUAAAUGAUGAAGAUGUUUUCUCGUCGUUGUUCGCCUGGACUUCUCCGGCACCCACCACGACAUCGAUUACUAGCGUUGCAGCCCUGGAGAUUUUUUCUUGCUGCAGUCUUAUCCCUUGUGCUUGUUCAUCUCUCUAGCCAUGCUAAGAAGAGUACGGAUUUGGUGGACAAGACCGAGAACCCAUGGACGAUAUCCGUGAAGUUCAAGCAAGACAUCUUGGAUUUCUUCCAUCAUGAACUGCGGGACUACUAUGUGGACAAUAGCUUUUUUGAGCCUCAUGUUACGGCAACGCUGGAACUGUUCCCACGUAUCGUCUCAGGACGUGGUGGUGCAGACACCGCAGCCACGAGUCCGGUCCCCGGCAACCCGAGUGUUUUUUUUCCAUUUUAUAAUCGACGGGUUCGUAGGAAUGAAUGAAUGAAUUAGGCCAUCUAUUAGUAAUUGCUGUGGCUAUUAGUACUAAACGGGACACCAUGAUGACAUGUUGAUGCAUCCUCAGCAUCGUCUUCCCUGACCCCCUUUGAAUCAAGUCAGGAUACUAACGGACUUGAAGUGUGCCUGCAUCAUAUUAAGGUUCCUUCCACGUUUUCGCAUAUAGUUCCCAAGGAUGCUAUUGGGGAUGCAACGGCGAUAGCCCUAAUCAUGAAGAGCGUGAAGAAAUAGAUCGCAGAGAAGCUGUUCUAGAUGCACUGGAAGCUGAAGUAGUGGCAACCAAGCAGGACGUGUCUGCGGAGGAGAAAAAGCAAACAUCAGCACCACUGAGUUGUAUGGCUAUAGUCAAUCGUGGAGAACAGAAGAAACUCGUUGUAGCUUGUAGCUUCCGUGAUGAUAUGAUGAUUUAGUUUUAACGGUUGUAGACGGAAAUGCAACACGUACCGACGGCAUUUUAUUCGAGGAUUCGCAGUAGCAGGCAUCUUUGCUUCUUUCGCCACAGGUUGUUUUUGAUGUUAGGUUUCUUUGUUUUGACUACGUGAGAAUCUACUUAACAGUUUUUUCCUUCGAUUAUCUACGUAUGGAUCUUCCAUCUUCAGAACGCAUUAAUUUUCUCUGACGAUACCGAGCAGUCGCGCGCAGCCACGCCCUGUCGCAUAGGAAUCGAACUUGGUGCGCAUGUAGGCCUGACUACCGGGUUCUUGGCUGAGCACUGCGAUCAGGUCUGGGCACUGGAAAACUCGAUCGCAGUGCUAGAGCGGAACAUGGAGAACAAUAUGAGCACAAGUGAAUGCACAUAAGUAGGAGUAGUUGAAAGAUGAAAAGCUAUUCUUCCUCCUUGCUCAGCCUCUACCGUCUCCUCAAGCACGAAUAGAAAAUGAAUAAUGGAGAGCUCUGGAGAUUCGUUUACACAUUAUACUUCUUGUUGAGUUUUUUUCCUGUACUAACCGUGUUCCUGUAACCAGGAUGAGAGGAGAAAGAAGAACGUAACACAAGUCUCGACGAAAUAUUCUCUUUUCAGUUUCAUAUAUAAUCGAGAAAAGGGGAACAUCGCCUAUUUCGAGUUCCACUCUGUGCUCGAUGACUGGGAUACAAAGCUGCCGAAAAACCACCUACUCGGUGGCGCGGUCUCUUUCGUCCUCGUUGAUGCGGCGCAUGAUCGAGCUAGUGUCUUGCAUGACCUGGAACAGGCAUCAAGACUCUCGCGUUUUCUCAUCUUGGACGACUAUGGCGCGGAAAAGGGCGUCAAGGAAGCAGUUGCGGAAUUCGUCGAUAAAAGAAAGAAAGGUAGUGUUUUUUGUUUGAAAUAAAUAUAAAAUAAAAAUUUUUGAUGAUCAUGAUAAAACUCAAAAUUUUUCUUCCACCGGGAAUCGGUCUGAAUUUGGUGAAUAUCACGCGCACUCCUCUCAGCAUGUCAAGUUCUCUCAUUCGUGUUAUACUCUAAAAAAAGUUUAGAAAAGAAGAAAACAGUAAGAAAAAUUCCAAAAAUAGAUAACAUCUACAAGAACUUCUUCCGGUACUGCUUUCCGGUGACUUCACCUCUGAAAUUCGAAGGCUAGUAUCCCAUGCAUUCAGAUCUAUAGCUUGAGGAUUAUCCCAUGAUCUACAACUACUUCCCCUAGCUCGCAUAGUCCGAUAUCUGGGCAAUGCUCCACCAUGGCAUUUUGAGGACCGGCAAGUGAACGAUCACGAGGGCGUCCUCCUGGAAGUAAUACACUUUGUUGGCGUGGAUCAGAAGCGGUGUCUCUUGGCUUCGACACAUCAAUCCGCGGAAGAGCGCGCAAGCACCUGUCGGGUGAGUCUAGAUUAUGAAUUGGCUUUUGACUACUGGCGUUGUAGGUUUAGGUUGUCUAGAGUAAACUCCGUUACCUCAAGUUGAGCACGCUAUCUUAUGUUGAUAUAAAAGCUUGAUUUGAUUCAUCAACGUAGUUUUGAGCUUUCUGUUUCGAUGACAAGCGACCCUUAUUGCCGGUAUGUGUACUAGACUAGAUUCCUGAGCUCUCUAAUCGUUGUACCCUUCUCACUCUAACUCGAAAGUACCGGGGGCGUGAUUCUGGACUCGAUUUCGACCGCCGUGGAAAGUGUCGCAGGUACGCGGUGGUUCCUCUACCCUACAGGAGUCUUUCUUACCGGCAACAUUGCCGUCCAUUAAGGCUACCGCUGACGCAUGUCCUUAACAUCAUAGUCCUUGGAUCUUCUUUUUCUACUUGAAAAAGAAUUCAAGGAGGAUGCUCUGAGGGAUGCCAACGGCGCAGGGUGCUCUAAGUCCAGGGAGAACUCAACGUAUUCCAGAAUCAGACAGCGUCACUACAUAACAGUGAAGAUGCUUCCUCGACUUCAACUUAUGACUGGCACGUCUAGUUGUACCUAUAUUUGAGUGAUGUCAUCAUGUUUCUAGUACGUACAGCCUCAACUUGACAGUGGUACAGAAUGACCAUUUGAGACGCAAUGAUGAUGAUCAACUGGGAAUGCAUAGUACUCAGAAAACUUGUAUGAUCUGGAAAGACUCGUCUUUCUCUAACUUUUCUUAGAAUGGCGACCUGCACUUGAUCUCACUGGCUUGGAGAAUAACUUCGUUUUUGCGGGCGAACACGAAGGGCGGCAGCGACGGUUUCAGAUCAGCUUUCAGCCGAGUUUUCAGUCAGGCAUGAUAUGGGCAGUUACGCCCACUGGCGAGCUAGAAGAAUCGAGACCGCUCUACGUACUCAUCCGCGAUUCCAUGGUCCGCACAAUAGGGGAGAAGCUACUCAGCGCGCUUUACUGAAGGACUCGAGGAGGCUUAAAGCAAGAAACGGAAACCGCAUACCAGAAGAACAUGACAAUGAAAUCUGGUAAAUAUAUUAAUGAAUCCAAUGAACAAUUUUCCUUCGCAUUGACCACUUGCGCUUCGACAAUGUGAUAGUUUUUUUUUGGCUAGACGCUGACAAUGGAAGAUCUCAUAGAAUGUGCGCGAAGCACGAGGAUGGGCUUGGAGACUCUCACUUUGCUUGAUUCAAGAACACGCAAUCUUGAUCCUGGGACUCCAAGUAAGGCAUUCCCUUAAUGCUGAUUGCCGGUUGUGCGUCCUUUCAUCCUUAGCGGACUGAAGACAGCAGAUGGGGCGAGUGAAGUUCGUUCUUGAAGGAAAGGAAGUUGUAGUUCUUGGGGUUCGCGAAGAAGCAGAUCAGAUGGAU